AUGGUGAGGUGGGAUGAAGAUGCUGAUUCAAAAAACUUCGGUCCUCUGCAACUGACACAGGUCCUCUGCAACAUUCAAGUCUUUACAAAAGUGAUGCCUUCUCUUUUUGAUCCAAAUUUUGAAGACUUUUUUAUAAACACUUCAGAUGCAUAUCAAGUCAAAUCUCUAAAACUUGAGAUCAUUUCUUCCAUUGCUACAGAUGAAUCAAUCUCAGUUAUCUUUCAAGAAUUGCAGGGUUUGAUCACAACAGAGAGAAGUGGUGUUGACCCAGCAGCUUCACCAUUUGCAAAAUCCAUUGGAGAGGUUCAAAGUAUUGGACUCCGGGAGGGAUCCGAUCUCCUUCAAGUGGUCAAAAAGGUCAAACCUCAUGUCCUUGUUGGUUUUUCUGGAGUUGGAGACUUGGAGGUAUUUUCAAUGAGCAGGUUCGGAAGCUUGUGUUUUGGAGGACUUAGCAAAAGCUAUCAAUCUGGUGCAUAUCAGGAGGGAUCUUGUGGAAAGUGGUCACGCGUUGCUAAACCAUGCUUAUCACAAUCAACAAGAAUACGAAAGGACAACAAGCUAUUGAAUGGAGUUGUGAAUUCUCAGAAGAGUCUUGAAGAUUGUAAAUACGUGUCUGGAUUGUUGGAAGAGUGGUGGGAACAACUGGGAUCAACGGUUGUUGAUUGGGUGACGGUUGAUGGGCAAAAUGUGGCGGUUUGGAAUAAUCAUGUGAAACAACUUCUUGCUUUUUAUGACAAGGAACUUUUAAUAAAUAUGAUGGAUGCACAGCCGCAACAACAAUCACUACCAUAGCCUGUGUAGAACCUUCGAGAAGAGGCUUAAAAACACUUUAUUGGAGAAGGAAUGAGACCACUUGAUACCUACCUGCAUCUGGACGGGGCUAUAUUGCAAAUCUUCAAGGAGAGGGAUAGCCACUUGGGCAGAGGAACUCCAGACAAAGUCAGAAAGGGGCGAGCUUGAAGCUUCUUAAGAGUCCUGACAAGAAACCUUAGUGGGAACAAGAGAUAAUCGGGUGAUAACAUCCUACUUUUAAUGAUAUAUGAUAUGAGUGAGGAUAGAGGAUAAGAACUGCUAUACUUGAUGUUUGGGAUAAUCCUUCUAUGAUUGGAUCAUGGAUGUUCUUUCUUUUAAAAUUUUAAUACAAGUUUUUAUAAUGUAGUAGCAACUUACCAAAUUAAUGUUUUUUGUGUGUGAGACUUGAUUUUUCUUUGAUAUUCUUUUUAUUGAAGCUUAUUAUGGUU